AGGUAUUGUUACAUAUUAUUGGAAGAAGUUUAGGAACAAAAAGGAGGGAAAGGCUAUUGUAACUGAAGGAGAGUAGCUGAUGGCAGUUGUAGAAGUCAAUAAACAGCUGGAAUUGAUUAGUAAACAGCUGGAACUGAUUAGAUAAGCAGUUACAACUGCUAAAGUGUAUAAAACUGGGGAGUUACUUUGUAAUUGUAAAUGAUAUUUCAGAAAUAAUAUUCUUCUUUUUCUCUUUAAUUUUCUCCCUAAUUCUUCUUUCUUCCGAUCCUUUUUCUUACUUCUUCUCUCUCAGUUACUUCUUUCUUCUAUUCUCCUAAUUCUCUUGUUAGGGAUCCAAAACCCUAACAGAUUUGUACAUAAUGAACUAGAAGGGUAUUUAUAGCUUUUUCUAAAUGCCUUUUUUUUUUCUUUUGCUGCUUAGUCAUUUGAACUUUUUUAAGCAGUUGCUCUCUACACUGAAUUUAAAAUGAACUUUAUGUUUUGUAGACCAACAUUAUCUUGCUUGAGUUUUUUUUUAUGUCCUUUUCUGCAAGAACUACGGGCUUUCAAUUUCAAUUUUUACUGCAAUUUCUAUUGUCAACUGAAUUUCUUAUGCAUUGGUUUUCUUUUUUCCUUUAUUGAUUUCGCCUAAUUUCCCACUUUUUAAAAUAUCUUUUAUUUAUUUUGCAUAGUCUUUAAAAGGAUGGCUAUUCUAAUAAAGAAUGGUUUGAUCCCUUUGGAACAUCACCUUUUUUUAUGAUUAUCCUUUGCAGUCCAGCGUUUUCUCUCUCAGGAACCUUAAUUAGGUUGUUUGUAAUUAUGCUAUAGUUCUCAAUCGGUUGUUUGUAAUGACGCUACUAUAGACGCCACAAAGUUUCUGGAUCUAUUCAUAAUUUAAACACUAAAGAAAAUAUAUCUAAAAUUGAAGUCAGGCCCUAAUAAGAUCUGAAACUGAAGUUGGGAAUGGCAGACCUUGCGAUUUGAUCAAUCAAUAAACUAAAACACCGGCGUAUUUGACUGAAUAUGACCAAAACAUCCAACACCAUCACUCGGCGAUCAGAAGAACCAACAACAGAUUAUGCAGAAAGAGUUGAAGGCUUUUUGACCCAAGUUGGAAUCUACGCAUCUAUUCCUGAAAGCAACAAAUCCACGGAUUUCUAUUCCAAUCUCAUUCGCGAUCUGCUCAAGGUCGACCUUGUCCAAGCCGGACGCAUCUCCUGCGUCUUCUCUGUCCUACCCUUUGUCGCCAAUUACUAUAAUGGGAUGCAUGGAGGGGCCGUUGCAGCUAUAGCUGAGAAAGUAGCCAUUGCGUGUGCUAGAACUGUUUUAGCUGAGGGUAAGGAAAUCUCUCUUGGUGAAUUGAGCAUCUGUUAUCUCUCAGCCGCACCCCAAAAUGAGGUGGUAGUUGAUGGUUCUGUAGUGAAGAGUUGCAAUUGAGUUCAGAAUCAAGAAAAACAGGAAGCUGGUGUACACUGCUCGUGCUAUCUUAUAUCACAUGCCUGUCGCCAAGUCAUGAAAUUUCAGUGGUUUGGUAAAUUGUAUUAUUUGCUCUGUGAUGGCUCCCCUGCACCUAGUUCAUGAGUUGUUCUCUUCAUUGCAACGAGGAUAAACUGCUUAUUACCAUAUUCUGAUAUAAUCCAGUUGAUUCGAGUAAUGAAUUGUUAGUUUAUAUGAUUUAAAUAAAUAUUUACAUUGUGGUUAUGUAUGCAAAAUGCUGGUUCGUGAGGGGAUUUUCUUAUAAAAGAAACAUUUUGGUGAAAA